AUAAUUGUUUGGGAAAAGGUUUAAGUUUUUGACAGCAUGAAUAUAUUUGUGUUGUGUGGGGUAUUGUUCCUUUUAAUAGCAUGUACGGGGACUCAGAAAACUCUGAAUAUCCAUGACCUGCUAGAAAAAUUCUUGAAAACCAAACAAACUUCCUGGAGACAUACCAACAGCGUUAUUAAAUCUGCCAACAUUGCAAACAUCAAAGUUGAUGUAUUGUCUACUUUUGUUUUGAACGGGAGCAUUGAAAGCAAGAAAAGUGUUGAUUGUUCAGAGAUUCUGAGAAAUGAUCCCAGCGUGAAAGGCAGCAAUGGAGUUUAUACAAUAUAUCCGGAUCGUACCAACGCCAAGAAGGUUUUCUGUGACAUGACAACCAACGGUGGGGGAUGGACUGCUAUACAAAAACGGGUAGAUGGUUCAACAGAUUUUUACAGAACGUGGAAAGAAUACAAGGAAGGAUUUGGUAAUCCAUCCCAUGACUACUGGAUUGGUAAUGAUGUAGUUCAUCAACUAACAAAGAAUAGGCCCCAAAAACUUCGUGUUGGUCUUCAAAGAUAUUCUGGAGAAAAAGGUUAUGCGGAAUAUUCACAUUUCGCCGUAGGAAACGAAGACAGCAAAUAUAAGUUGACUCUGUCGGGAUACAUUGGGACUAUUGGAAACAGUCUAGAUAUUCAGAAUGGUAUGAUGUUUACCACGAAGGAUCAAGAUAAUGACGAACUCGGAAGUAUAAAUUGUGCAAAUCACUACUUUGGUGGGUGGUGGUAUAAAGCGUGUCAUGCUACAAAUCUUAAUGGCUUGUAUGCAAAAUCAGCUUUGCUUGACCCGAAGUAUAACACUUGGAAAUCUUGGAUAUCUAACCACGAAGCUUUCAAAACAACAGUCCUGAUGAUACGUCCGGUACGGGAAAAAGGUUUAAUUUUUUUCGACAGCAUGAAUAUAUUUGUGUUUUGUGAGAUAUUUGUCCUUUUAACGGUAUGCAUGGGGAGUCAGGAAACUCUGAACAUCCAUGACCUGCUGGAAAAACUCUUGAAAACAAAUCAAACAUCAUGGAGACAUACCAACAGCGUUAUUGAAUCCUCCAACAUUGCAAACAUCAAAGUUGAUGUAUUGUCUACUUAUGUUUUGAACGGAAGCAUUGAAAGAAAGAAAAGUGUUGAUUGUUCAGAGAUUCUGAAAAAUGAUCCCAGUUUAAAAGGCAGCAAUGGAGUUUAUACCAUAUAUCCGGAUCGUACCAACGCAAAGAAGGUUUUCUGUGACAUGACAACCAAAUGCGGGGGAUGGACUGCUAUACAAAGACGAGUAGAUGGUUCAACAAAUUUUUACAGAACAUGGAAAGAAUACAAGGAAGGGUUUGGUAAUCCAUCCCAUGAUUACUGGAUUGGUAAUGAUGUUAUUCAUCAGCUUACAAAGAACAGCCCUCAAAAACUCCGUGUUCAUCUUGAAAGGUUUUCUGGAGAAAAAGGUUAUGCGGAAUAUUCACACUUCGCCGUAGGAAACAAAGAUAGCAAAUAUAAGUUGACUCUGUCGGGAUAUAUCGGGACUGUUGGAAACAGUCUAGAUUAUCAGAAUGGAAUGAUGUUUUCCACGAAGGAUCAAGAUAAUGACAAGCUUGGAGGUAAACAUUGUGCAAAUGACUUCUAUGGUGGAUGGUGGUAUAAGACGUGUCAUUAUACAAAUCUUAAUGGCUUGUAUGCGAAAUCAGCUUUGCGUAACCCAAAGUAUAACAGCUGGAGAACUUGGAUAUCUGACCACGAAGCUUUGAAAACAACAGUCAUGAUGAUACGUCCAGUCCAAUUUGAAAAGGAUGCUUGACCGAUGUAGAAAACUACAUGUACAAUUAAUAAAGUAGAAAUAAAAUCUUGCAUCAUUCUUUAAAAAAAUAUUCUAUUGAAAACCAUGGAGUUUUGUUUCACUACAAAGAAACCACAAA